UUCCUGAGGGCUCAUAUCAGCCAUGACAAAACAAAAUGUUUAUAUUUAUGUCUGUAUAUGACAAGGUAAAUACAGUUAGUAUAAAUUACCCACAACAUUUCCAGUUUAUUCCUGUUAAUUCCCGUUAAUUCCCGUUAAUUCCCAUGGAAAGUUUCCACCUUUAAAUAUUCCCGGAAUUUUGCAACCCUAGUUGCAAAUAUUUGUGUUUGUGACUUUUUCAACAGAUAAACAUUGAAACUGGUGUGAAAGAUCAUUUCACUGUGUUCUGCUGUAAACUGAGCGCAGAACCAGAAGGAAAUAGACCAGACCUUGAAUAUCUAGAAGAGCAGCGCGGCCUGAACCACAACUGAGCCGCAGCCGGCCCGGUGCAACAUGGACGAGGACACUUCAGAGCAAGUUGGACCCUCACACACAAAAGGUCAGGACCACAGACUGAGAGCAGAGUCUCCAGGGUCCAGCUGUCUGUCUCUGAAGAGUGACUGGUCCAAACAUGAGCCUCCAAGCUUCAGUAAAGAACCUGGACCCUCAAACACAAAAGGUCCAGAGGACCAGAGACUGAGAGCAGAGUCUCCAGGGUCCAGCUGUCUGUCUCUGAAGAGUGACUGGUCCAAACAUGAGCCUCUAUCCUUCAGUAAAGAACCUGGACCCUCAAACACAAAAGGUCAGGACCACAGACUGAGAGCAGAGUCUCCAGGGUCCAGCUGUCUGUCUCUGAAGAGUGACCGGUCAAAAGGAAAUCCUCCAACCUUCAGUAAUGAACCUGGACCCUCACGCACAAAAGGUCAGGACCACAGACUGAGAGCAGAGUCUCCAGGGUCCAGCUGUCUGUCUCUGAAGAGUGACCGGUCAAAAGGAAAUCCUCCAACCUUCAGUAAUGAACCUGGACCCUCACGCACAAAAGGUCAGGACCACAGACUGAGAGCAGAGUCUCCAGGGUCCAGCUGUCUGUCUCUGAAGAGUGACUGGUCCAUGGAUCAUCCUCUACUCUUCAGUAAAGAACCUGGACCCUCACACACAGAGAAGAGGAAGAGGAGUCAUGUUUCUGAGGAGGAGCAGUCGUCCUGCUGUGCUUCGUGUCAGGACGUCCUGAAGGAUCCAGUCUCCACCAGCUGUGGACACUGGUUCUGCAGACAGUGCAUCACCUCAUACUGGGACCAGUCUGGUUCUUCAGGAGACUCCUCCUGUCCCCAGUGUGGACAAAGAUCCAGAACAGGAGCUGGAGCUCAGACAGCCGAUCGUGGUCUGCAGGAGGUUUCAGAUGAACAUAAACUCAGUCUGAGCAGGAGAUGUGAAGAUGUGACUGAAGGAAGUGAUGAAACAGGAAGUAGAACCCUCCUCAACAGGAUCUACACUGAGCUCUACAUCACAGAGGGACAGAGUGAAGAGGUUAAUACUCAACAUGAGGUGUGGCAGCUUGAGACGGCUUCCAAGAUGAAGAUCCUCCACGACACUCCCAUCAAGUGCCACGACAUCUUUAAAGCCUCCACUGACCAGCAGAGCAGCAUCAGAGUCGUCCUGACCAACGGCGUCGCUGGCGUUGGAAAAACCUUCUUGGUGCAGAAGUUCACUCUGGACUGGGCAGAGGGUUUAGAAAACCAGGAUGUGAGGCUGCUGACUGUGCUUUCGUUCAGGGAGCUGAACCUGGUGAAGGACCAGCAGCACAGUCUCCUCACGCUGCUCCGUGUUUUCCAUCCAGCGUUACAGAAGCUCACGGCAGAGACGCUCGCUGGCUGUAAACCUUUGUUCAUCUUUGACGGCCUGGAUGAAAGCAGACCUUCUCUGGACUUCAACCACAGGGAGCUUGUGUCUGAGGUCACACAGAGGUCAUCAGUCAACGUGCUGCUGACAAACCUCAUCCGGGGGAAUCUGCUUCCCUCGGCUCUCGUCUGGAUAACCUCCAGACCUGCGGCGGCCAAUCAGAUCCCUCCUGCAUGUGUUGACAGGGUCACAGAAGUAAGAGGCUUCACUGAGGCCCAGAAGGAGGAGUACUUCAGGAGGAGAUUCAGUGAUGAAUAGCUGUGCAGCAGAAUCAUCUCACACAUCAAGACGUCCAGGAGCCUCCACAUCAUGUGUCAAAUCCCAGUCUU